UUCCAUUCAGUCACAAAAAAGAUUUGAGUUGGUGAAACUUAAUUGGACAUUUAGGUAAAAAGUAAAAUGAAAAUUUUAUCGCUGUUUGCUGUCAUUUGUCUGGGUGUGGUCGAUAUUAGAUUUGUUGUCGCGUCCCCAACAAGACAGCUAAAUGGUGGAAAGGUGGUAAACGGCCAGGAUGCUAUACCAGGGUCGCACCCACACCAGGUCACACUUCAGUGGUACCUUUUUGGUUCAUGGUUCCACAUUUGCGGAGGAUCUGUCAUUGAUGACCUCUUUGUACUGACUGCGGCACACUGUGUGGAUUUUGCACCUGCAGAGCAAUUCCGGGUUGUCGUCAACGACCAUAACCUGUACAACACAGACGGAGAUGAACAAUUCAUCGGAAUUCAAAGAAUAUAUACACAUGAAAAGUGGCUGCCUGGACAGGACUAUGACUAUAAGCUGUACCCUAAUGACAUAGCCGUUCUUCGAUUGGAUUCGGAGGUGCUGGACAAAACAACUAUUAUCCACAUGGCUGAUGACGAUAACGAAGACUUUACUGGUGACCUGUGUACAAUAAGUGGAUGGGGACGCAAUGAUACAAACGGGAUUGUUCCAAACACUCUACAGGAAGUCAAUAUGACGGUAAUGAAUCAGACAGACUGCAAUGCGUUUUGGAAAGACAUUUUCCCAGAUGCAAUGUUAGACAUAUUCCAAGGACAGAUCUGUAUAUUUUCAGGCGAGGACCCUGAAUCUGGCGCGUCUGCUUGCAGUGGUGACAGUGGCGGCCCGAUGGUUUGUAACGGCGUACUGGCAGGUGUCACCUCAUGGGGUGUACAAGGGUGCCGUGACCCGGUCACCAGGGAAUUCCGGCCAAGUGUUUAUGUCAGGGUCUCGUACUACUAUCCCUGGAUUCAAAAUGUACAAAAUCUAUACCAAAUAGGAAGGGGAUAGAUACAGUCUAAGCCGUGCAUUUAGUUCAUAUGUAUAAUCAUGUGCCUGAUAGUUUGCAUACACUACAUACCUGUUGAUUUUAUAUAUGCAUGUUGCAAUCAAAUUUCGCCUCAUUUCGGUAUUUCCCAAUUUGUGAGCUUGUUACCUCUGUGAAUCACACAGAAGAGAAGAGAAGAGAACAGAAGAGAACAGAACAGAACAGAAUGUUUAUAAUACCAAACUAGAUAUGCAACAAUGUGGGAUUUUUUUCUUUCCCUUGAUGUUUGUGUGUAGGGUGUUUGCUCUGUAAAGUAAUCCUUAAUGUAUAUUAGUUAUGAAUAUGUACAUAUUUUUCUCUUUAUUUCUGUCCAGUCCAAAUACAUAGGUCUGUGACUAAUUUAUUAGGAUGUAGUCUGAGCAAACAAGAGACAAACAUUCCAUCUGUAAUGGCAUAAGGGUGCCACUGCAAAACCUCACCAAACUUUCCCUGAAAACUUGGACAAAAAAAACGUUUAUCAGAAUAAGUUCCUAAACGUUAGAAUUUCCCCUACCCAUUCGCACGCACGCACGCACGCACACACACUAUACUCAAAGUUUACACCUUUGACUCCCCUCCCCAUUUCUAAAAUUUAUAAAAAAAUCUUUUCUUUGUCAAUAUUUUUUGUUCACAAAAGUGAAUAUGAAACAAGAUUUGUUUUCAUUUGUACCCAUUAUUGUAAUG